UCAUAAUUCUUCACGGAAGCAAUCCUUAUUGUUGAUUGCAAUUAUGAUUGUAAUAUAUAUAUUACAUGCACGUAGGUGGACGAUUCAACCUCAUACAAUUGUACCUGUAGCUGAUAUAAACUAUAGUUUGGCGGCUAUGGAGGAACAUGAGAGUAUCGUCAAAAACUUUUAUGAAGAUCGAAAGGAUUGGGUGACCACUAAUUUGGGAACUUAUUUAUUUAAACUUGGCUUUCGACUUAAUAAUACUAUUUGGAAACAAAAUUUAAACCGUGUCUAUAAUAUACUUAUAUGGAAGCAUUGGGACUGGCUGGAGCAUAGACACAUUAAUGGAUUUAGUGAACACAACAAUAACACUUUAUACGGAUGUAGUGUAUCCAACUGCCGAUUUUCAUCAGACGAUAAAAUCACAUCUGCAGAUGUCGUAAUGAUACAGUUGCAGAAAGGAGAAUUACCCGAAGUCGAAAGGCGGGAUCCAAGUCAGCUAUGGAUAUUUUGGAUAGACGAAUCACCAGUAAACACUUUUGCUUUGGUAAAAGCACCGCCAAAUUACGAACAUUUGUCUAAUAUUUUUAAUUGGUCUAUGACAUACAGGACAGAUUCUGACGUACCAAUUCCUUAUGGACGAACGCUGCCCCUGUCACAUCCGAAGACUCCCUUUUUAAAAUUGGAAAACCGUAAUAACAAUUUUACAAUUAAGAUAUUAGAGGAACUGGUCCCCUUCUGGAAGGACAAGCAAAGGAAUGUUUUGGCCACUAUUAUGAUUUCCCACUGCGUUCCGCGGAGCAUACGUUUCUUGUUGAAUCUUAAGAAACAUUUGAAUAUCGACAUUUAUGGACGUUGUGCUGACGAAGCUUCACUGCUCAACAGAUGCCCAGGACAUUUUCACGAUGAUUGCAAAUAUAUUUCAAGAUACUUGUUCUACUUGGUAAUAGAAAACUCAAGCUGUCGUCAAUAUAUUACAGAAAAGAGUUUCUACCACGCCUACGGUAAAGGCGCAAUACCGAUCUUCGUCGGUCCGUUUAUAGAAGAUUGCAAUAAACUAUUGCCGCCAAAUUCCUUUCUACAUAUCGAUAAUUUUAAGACACUCGAAGAUUUAGCAGCGGAAAUAACUGCUAUCAGUAGAAACUUUACUAAAUUGCUUCUUUAUCAUACUUGGAGGAAUCAUUUUAAAAUCGUUAAUGAGCACGGAUUUUUCAAGACUAUGUCUAAGCAUCUGUGCAGAAUAUGUGAAGCCUUAAACUAUAAUCAGAGGUUACAAAAAGUUUACAGCCUAGACGAUAUCCGCAGGUUCUUGGAUCCUGGUAUACAGUGCAAUUGAAAAACAUGAGUUUUAUUUUACCUAUUGUUCUCAUAGUCACCACAAUAGUAGGUAUUGAGUUAGAUACUUUCUGUAACUUUUCUUUACAAACUUAUUACUCAUAUUAC